AUGUCUUUCUACCAGCUGAACCUAGCCGCCUUCGCGGCGGGCAAUGGGUAUCUGCUGUAUCAACAGUACAAGCGCCAGGAGCAAGAGGCAAUCGAAGAGCUGAAACAGGAGGCGGCCGCUGUUGACGAUGGUGCUGAAGGUCACGACAUCGAGCUCUCUCAACUGCUCACGGAGCCCGCUGGGUCGCAGGCCGCGGUCCGGCAGUUCCAGCUUGAUUUCUUUCCCGUCUACGCUCUGGCAAUGGCGGCUGAUUGGUUGCAGGGCCCGCACAUCUAUGCCAUCUACAAGUACGACAAGAACAUACCCGAAAAGGUUGUCGCUGCGCUGUACGCUGCUGGUUUCGUCUCCGGUGCCAUUUCGGCCUCCUUUGCUGGCGAACUCGCCGAUCGAUAUGGCCGUCGUCUUGCCUGUAUCACGUACUGCAUCACGUACAUCUUUACCUGCCUGACGAUGCUCACCGACAACCUCUUCAUCUUGUUCCUCGGCCGCUUCUGCGGCGGCAUCUCAACCACCCUUCUUUACAGCGUGUUCGAAGCAUGGUUGAUUACAGAAUACAAUCAGCGUGGUCUGUCACGGACGAAGCUCAAGCUGGGCGCCAUCUUCGGUCACAUGACCACCAUCAGCUCCAUCGUGGCGAUUGCCUCUGGCAUCUUCGGUGACGUCCUGGUCAACGCCCUGGGUGGCCGUGUCUGGCCGUUCAUGGCAAGCGUGGCAUGCUCCGCGAUGGCCAUGUGGGUGAUCAUGGGAAGAUGGAAGGAGAACUAUGGGGCCAAGCAAGCCGGCCCGGCAACAUCCUCUCUCGGAGAUGUCAAGAGCGGGAUCCAGAUGAUCAUAGGCGACAAGCGCAUCCUAUCGCUGGGUCUGACGUCGACCGUCUUCGAGGGUACUAUGUACCUCUUUGUGUUUUUCUGGUCUGCAGCGCUCAAGAGUGCGAGAACGAGGGCUGGCUCAAACGAGGAGUUGCCCUUUGGACUCAUUUUCUCCAGCUUCAUGUGUGCUAUGAUGGCGGGCUCGGCGUUCUUCUCGCUCUACACCAAGUCUCACUCCAAGGAGACGACUUCGGUGAUCUUGAUGCUUGUGGUGCUCAUGGUGAGCUGCUGUCUCUCGGCGGCUGUCCUAUUCGAGAGCGAGAUGUUUCUGUUCUGGGCGCUGUGUUUGGUGGAAGCUAGCAUCGGCGCAUACUUCCCGAGCAUGUCAUUCCUGAAGAGCCAGGUUGUCGAGGACGGCGUACGAGGGCGUGUGUAUAGCCUGCUGAGGCUACCACUCAACGUCUUCGUUGUCGUGGCGCACAGCCUGGAUGAAGAGGGUGACGGACACCGAAACAGCGUCUUCCUCACUUGUGCUAUGUUGCUUAUGGUGUCCUUUUUCAUAGUCAAGAGGACCUUUGAACCAACGGCGUAA